UACGCCGGCAGCAGGGCAUUCAGUUAUUAAGAUGAUUGUAUAAUAGAUGUUCAGAUACGAGAGCUUACAUCGUCAUUGUAAAAUCAUAACAAUUACGUCUCGGAAUUUCAAUGUUUCUCGAUCGAAUUCUGUGGCACUCUUUUCCUUGGAAGGUUAAGCGGAUAUCUCAGUUUGAUGACUUCAAAAAUAACAAUAACAACAACAAUGAUGAUGAUGAUGAUGAUGAUGACGACGACGUGGAUGAGAGAGAUGAUGAUGAUGAUGAUGAUGAUGAUGGUAGUGGCGAUGAUGAUGAUGAUGAUGAUGAUGAUGAUGACGACUACGACGGCGACGACCCUAACGAUAAUAAUGAUGACAAUGAUCGAGAAAAGUAAUCAUCAUUUGUCAGCGGAGAAUGCUGUGCGCCAUGGAGGUUCACGGGCUACCAUAAAAUACUCGUACUCAAGAUCGGAGAGGAUAGUACCUUCUUCGACUUCACUAAGCAUAGAACAUUUCUUUCCGGUGUAUACUCGAAUUUCUGGGGAACAUCUAAUUAAAAAUUUAACAUGUUCAUUUGGUGCGAACGUGCGGUGCUUGUGUAAAUUGUUCGAAGGAAUCGCUGCAGGAAUGAGAAAAGGAUAAU